AUGCCGGGUUUAUUCAAUGCUGUCUUGAACAAUGGAACCAAAAUGCCUUUACUGGUUUUUGGAACUUCAGAUCCCGAAAACGCCGUUGGUGACGUCGUCGUUUGUGCAAUUGAAACAGGUUACAGACAUAUUGACUGUGAACUGUUCUAUAAAAACGAAGAGGAGAUUGGAGCUGCGAUAUCCGAAUGUUUGGCGUCGCAAAAUCUGAAGCGUGAGGACUUAUUUAUCACUUCGAAGGUAUUUUCACCCCUGAUUAGCGUGACUGCUUAUUGCUGUGGUGUGAUAGUCAUAAGCCAGACGACGUACGGCCUGCCUUAUCUCGAUUUGUAUCUUGUUCAUUGGCCUGUGUCGUUCCAUGCUAAACCGGGUAAAGUUCUUAAUGUCGAUGACCCGGAUACCAUUGAAUUCGAAGAGCAUCCACUGGAGGAAACAUGGAAGGCCAUGGAGAGUUUGGUUUCUGUUGGUCUAGUUAAGUCGAUCGGUGUGUCUAAUUUUAACAGGAAGCAGUUGGACCGAAUAAUGGAAAUCUGCACCAUACCCCCAGCGGUGAACCAGAUUGAAGGUAUUCAUGUUGAGGCUUACGCCCCAAUCGGAUCUCCCGGUUUCGUGAAAGGAACAAUGCCUUCGCUUUUAGAAGAACCGCUUGUGAAGGCGAUCGCGGACGCCCACAAGAAGACCACAGCACAAAUACUGAUUCGUCAUGCCUUACAGCGAGGACUUGCAGUCAUAUGCAAAAUCGUUACAAACUCACGUAUCAAGUCGAAUUUUGAGGUAUUCGAUUUCGAACUCACUGAUGCAGAAAUGAUGAGAUUGAAUGCAAGUCUAGUUGAAGAUGCAGUCGUUUGCGCCAUCAAAGCUGGAUAUCGACAUAUUGACUGUGCGAAGGCAUAUAACAACGAAGAAGAGGUUGGGAGUGGGAUUUCAAAAGCGUUGUUAUCAGAAGGUCUUUCCCGCAAGGAUUUAUUCGUUACAUCUAAGCUUUGGUGUGACAAGCAUGCACCAGAAGACGUACGUCCAGCUUGUGAGCAAUCGCUAAAACGUCUUGGGCUAGAAUACCUGGACUUGUAUCUUAUCCACUUUCCUGCUGCGUUCCAUGUAAAACCAUCCAUGAGAUAUAAUCCUUAUGACCGUGAUACUGUUGAAUACGAAGAACAAUCACUAGAAAAAACAUGGAAGGCCAUGGAGUGUUUAGUGGCUGCCGGUCUAGUUAAGUCGAUCGGAGUGUCGAAUUUCAACUGA